AGGGAACUGUAUUUUUUACUUUUAAUUUCAAACCAAACAUAAAUCAUGGCUGAUCGAUACAGUUUCUCACUUACCACUUUCUCUCCUUCGGGAAAACUUGUUCAAAUUGAAUAUGCCUUGAACACUGUCUCUCAAGGUGUUACUAGUGUUGGCAUCAAAGCUACCAAUGGUAUUGUCAUUGCUACAGAAAAGAAGCCUGCAUCGAGCCUUGUUGAUGAUUCUACAGUUGAAAAGGUGGCCACCAUUUGUUCCAACAUUGGAAUGAUUUACUCUGGUAUGGGACCUGAUUUCCGUGUUUUAGUCAGCAAAGCACGUAAAGCAGCACAAGCAUAUAAAAGAUUAUAUAUGGAAGAACCUCCAGUAAAGAUUCUUGUUCAAGAAGUAGCUGGUGUCAUGCAAGAAUAUACUCAAAGCGGUGGUGUUCGCCCCUUUGGUGUUUCUAUUUUGAUUGCAGGUUACGAUGAAGUUAGUGGACCUGCGCUCUACCAAGUCGAUCCUACCGGUUCUUAUUUCGCUUGGAAGGCCAGUGCUAUUGGCAAAAACAUGAUUAAUGCAAAGACCUUCUUGGAAAAGAGAUAUAACGAAGAAAUGGAAUUGGAAGAUGCAGUACAUACAGCUAUUUUGACUCUUAAGGAAGGAUUUGAAGGACAAAUGACAGAAAAUAGUUUAGAGAUUGGUAUUAUCGGUACAAGUACUAUUGGUGUUUAUGGAGGUGAAAGAAAGGAAAUUCCAUUAUUUAGAAAAUUAAGCUUGAAUGAAGUCAAGGAUUAUUUGGCUAAUAUUGCUUAGUGUGACAACAAUAAGGAGGAAAAGAGGUCCUCAUUUUUUUUUCUUCCCCUUAAAAAUAAAUAAACACAAAAAAUAAGUCAACUUUUUUUUUUUUUU